GACUCGGUCAUUCUCCCACUUCCCAGUUCAGUGAACAUCUUUAUCUCCCGAUCGCCCUUCAAAUAUAUCUGUUGCGGUUUGAUCCUCCGUAUAUAUUCACACAGCAGUCAACCACGCCAUCAUGUUCAACGACCACUCCAAAGCCAGCAUCGCGCAGAUCAUCUUCUAUAUCCCUGUCAUCUUCGUAUCAGCAUACCACGCAUACUACCGUCACAAGCGGCCGCGUAUGUCAUGGCUGAUUAUACUCUUUUUCUCGCUCAUCAGAGUCGCCGCCGGCAUUCUGGUGAUUCUGUUUGAGCACAAACCCCGAACUGGCAUCAUGGUCGCCUCGAUCAUACUGCUCAAUACGGGCGUGUUCCCCUUGAUCGCCGCGACCCUGGGAUUCAUCCGCAUCAUCCUAGCACACGAGAAGGAGGUAGUCAACCCACGAAUCAACCGCUGUCUGAUGUUUUCGCGCAUGCUGUUCUUUGUCGGACUGGGGCUGCAGAUUGCCGGCGGGUGCCUCGAAGGGAGCGACAGUGCCAGCGAUGUCGCAACGGGGGUGAAGCUCGUCAAGGCUGGAUAUAGCAUUGUUGUGGUUUUCGAAGCCUGUCUGCUCCUCGUGCAAGCGUACUUCUGGAUGCAUCUUCCUGACCUCUCGCAAAUGAGCUAUACUAUUCUCAAGGCGAUGGCUCUGGCCCUACCCUUCCUCGUUGUGCGCAUCACCUAUUUGUUUCUCUCGGUUUUCCAUGCGACCGAUCUCCGAUGGAACGAUCUCGCCGGUCCGAUCGCUCCGUUUGUUCUCAUGGGCCUGCUGAUGGAGUAUGCCGUGGUUUGGAUCUACCUUGGCACUGGGUUUGUGAUUCCCAGCUGGCGAGAAAUGAAAGGGGAUCGGGUCGUUUCCAUGACCAGAUACCCUUUGGUGGAACAGGUCUGA